AUCCCGCCCCCCCGGGAGCACUUCCGGCUUAGCGGAACGCGGGGUGCGGGCUGAGGUUGCCCGUGGCCCUGCCCGGUGAAGGUGUCGCACAAGGCCCCAUGAGCGCUGGACCCCUGGUGGGCUACAGCAGCAGCGGCUCCGAAGAUGAGGACGAGGCUGAGGCUGAGAUCGAGGCCGCGACCGAGGGGCUGACCAGGCCCGGGGCUGGGCACUGUCGUCGUGGCCAGAGUCCUGAUCCUAGUCAGAGGUUUCCAGUGCCCGACAGUGUACUGAACAUGUUCCCCAGCACAGAGGAGAGGCCUGAGGAUGACAGUGCAAAACAUGGGGGACGUGUGCGCACCUUUCCCCAUGAGCGAGGCAAUUGGGCCACCCAUGUCUACCUACCAUAUGAAGCCAGGGAGGAGUUUCUGGAGCUGCUUGAUCUGUUGCUACCCCACGCCCAGACCUAUGUGCCCCGGCUGGUGAGGAUGGAGGCCUUCCACCUCAGCCUGUCUCAGAGUGUGGUUCUGCGUCACCACUGGAUCCUCCCCUUCGUGCAGGCUCUGAAAGACCGCAUGGCCUCCUUCCAGAGAUUCUUCUUUACUGCCAACCGUGUAAAGAUUUAUACCAAUCAAGAGAAGACCAGGACCUUUGUUGGGCUUGAGGUCACUUCAGGGCAUGCCGAGUGCCUGGACCUGGUUUCAGAGGUUGACAGAGUCAUGGAGGAAUUCGACCUCACCACUUUCUAUCCGGACCCUUCAUUCCACAUCAGUCUGGCCUGGUGUGUGGGCGAUGCUCGUCCCCAGCUAGAAGGACAGUGCCUGCAGGAACUACAGGAAAUCUUGGAUGAGUUUGAGGAUUCUGAGAUGCUGCUCCGCGUGCUCACCGAGCAGGUGCGCUGCAAGUCUGGGAACAAGUUCUUCUCCCUGCCUUUGAAGUGAGCACAGAAGCCUUACUUGUCCAGGCCCCUCUGCAGGCCAGGCCGUGAAGAGGAAUAGUCCAUGGGAACACUCCCAGCCUCCCUCUAAGAGGCCCAGUCAUGCCUCCGGACUGAGUGGUGUUGCCAUCCUGGAUUGUCCUGGGGGCUGCUUCUCCUGGUCCUUUGGGGUUUCAGGUUGGAUGCAGCUGUAUUGUGGUCAUUCCCAGGAGUCACCAGUAGAGGGCAGCCUGGGUUUCCUAAUUCUUGCACUGUGGCUAUGCAGAAAAGAAAAAUGAGGGCUGCCAGGAGAGCCCACCCACACUCAGCCGGAAUCCCCCCCAUAGUCCCCCUAAUGAACAGCCCCCUCCCUGACACUCCCCCUUCUGUGUUUAGUAUUUUGAUGCCCUUGGCCUCAUACCAGGUUUUUUAAAAUCAUCAUGCCCUGCCUUAUCCCUGUCAAGCAAGGACAUAGGAUUCUUCCGAGAGUCUGUCACCCUCCUUCCUUGAAGUAUGUCACUUUUAUUUAUUUUCUGUUAAUCCCAGCCCCUCCUGUGCCAACAGAGACCAUUUCGGGGCCAAGGUACAGGGUGGUAAUUUGUGGUUCAGCAUCAGUUUUCUCCAUUCUUUCCUCCCACUCGCCCCCAGCCAGGUGCCUGGGGAGACUUGAGCAGAUGUUUCAUUUUGGCCUAGCCAUGGCUGAAAGCCCGGCCUCCAGCACUCUGUGACCUCUGACUUCCCCACCAACUUUCCCAACUUCCCCUGUCAGUGCCUGGGCAUUCUGUAGGGAACCCGGAGGGAGGACCAGGGAUGCACAGGACCUUUAUUUUUUCAAUCCCUCACCAAGGUGAAGGGCCAGCCCUCUCCAGUUAUUAUCUGGGUUUCUGGUAAUAGAUGAAGAAAUGUUUUUGUUAUAGUUUCAAAUUAUGUUCAACAAAUAAAAAUUGCAUUUUUAAAAAUUU